ACCUGCCAGGAUGAAUCUUUGGGAGCGAAAAUCCGUCCCAUCUGACAUGGAGGAUUUGUGGGUUUAGUGGAAAUUGCUUUCCACUGCGAAAAUUAAAUAUCGUCCCACGUUUCUGUACGCGACUUUGCCGGGUUCCAUAGUGUCGUAUCCUGCACGAUCUAAGCUUCUGCCUGCUUUUUAUCUGCCUCCCUCCGAGUGUGUCGCCAGGAUGCAAAUGGAAACGUUGCUGCUGCUCUGCAUGUGUGCGCUUGUCGCGGCGGGCAGGUCCGAUCGGCGUGGCGGCCGCCGGCCGGCGACCUACGACCGGAGCAGCAGACAGAGGACAGAAUCUGAAAAGGGUGUCACAAGUUACAAGUCUGGCAGUCCCAUCCGGAGGAGAAGUCCGGACAUGACCAAGUCCCGCAUGAUGAAGUCCGAGCAGAUUUUAAGGAUAAGGGAGCAUGACUUCACCAUGAGGCCCGGCUUCGGGGGCCCCCCAAUUCCAGUUGGAGUUGAUGUACAAGUUGAAAGUCUCGACACGAUUUCUGAAGUUGAUAUGGACUUCACCAUGACCCUGUACCUGCGGCACUACUGGAAAGACGAGCGUCUGGCCUUUCCCAGCACCAACAAUCAGAGUUUAACAUUCGACAGCCGGUUGCUGAAGAAGAUCUGGGUCCCCGACAUGUUCUUCGUCCACUCAAAGAGGUCCUUCAUCCAUGAUACCACCACAGACAACGUCAUGCUCAGGGUGUUUCCCGACGGCAACGUCCUCUACAGCCUGAGGGUUACAGUGACUGCAAUGUGCAACAUGGACCUCAGCCACUUCCCCCUGGACACACAGACGUGCUCCCUGGAGAUCGAGAGCUAUGCCUACACCGAUGAAGACCUGAUGCUCUACUGGAAGAAGGGCAAUGAUUCCCUCAGGACAGACGAUAAGAUCUCGCUCUCCCAGUUUCUCAUCCAGAAGUUCCACACCACCACCAAGCUGGCCUUCUACAGCAGCACAGGCUGGUACAAUCGGCUGUACAUCAGCUUCACCCUGCGUCGCCACAUCUUCUUCUUCCUGCUGCAGACCUACUUCCCGGCCACGCUGAUGGUCAUGCUCUCCUGGGUGUCCUUCUGGAUCGACCGCCGGGCCGUCCCCGCCAGGGUCCCGCUGGGUAUCACCACGGUGCUCACCAUGUCCACCAUCAUCACCGGAGUCAACGCCUCCAUGCCGAAGGUCUCCUACAUCAAAGCCGUCGACAUUUACCUGUGGGUCAGCUUCGUCUUCGUCUUCCUCUCCGUGAUAGAAUACGCUGCUGUCAACUACCUGACCACCAUGCAGGAACGCAGGGAGAGGACGCUGCGAGAUGGAUUGCCCUGCACCUGCGGGCUGGCACACCCUGACCAGGUAAUGGCGAGCAGGUAUGGCAGCAUGGACAUGAGCGCGGCGAGGAGCUACAGCACUGCGGAGGACGGGGACACACGUGAGAGAAUCUUAGUGCAGCUGGCCUUAGGGGGUGACGGCAGGACCGCGAGCCUGGCAAAAUCGGCGCUUUGGAUCGACACACAUUCCAUAGACAAGUACUCUCGCAUGGUCUUCCCUGGGGCUUAUGCCCUUUUCAACAUGAUCUAUUGGUCUGUCUAUAGCUAACAGCUACCUGACGGACAGAAAGUACCUUUUAUGCAGAUUCAGAGGAACAACCUCCAUACACUUCAAGAAAAACUGGAGCUGCUCAGUUGUAAUUGCUGUUUACAUCUGUGUGAACAAAUACCGUACAGAAAUACUGCAGAAUUAUCAAGGAGUGUAUUUUUUGUGUGCCACUCUGUGGCAGUCAGCUUGGUAUGAACGUGUAUCAGAGCGAGACCUUUGGAGAGAAGCAUUUGCCUCCGAUUCUGCAGCAGCUGUCAUGCAGACCUGCUAGCAGAAUACAAUCAAAAUGGCUUUACACAAGUUCCUGUGAGCCUGUCGAAGCGUAUCUAUUUUUAUAAGGUCGAUUUCAUCAAAAUGAUUGAUUUUGUUUAUGGAGAUGACAAACAUGCAUUUUAUAAGAGGAUUUAGCGACCACAGCUCAGAAUAAGUGCAGUUUAAUUUCUGAAUGUAUACAUUUACUUUUGGUUGGAUAAAUUCACUUAACCCAGAAGCAUUUUUCUUACCUUUCAUUCACACUGAAUAUAAAUUUCCCUGUAAUUGAUCAUGAAUGAUAAAUGUUAAAUUACUCUAAUAGAAAAAUAAGUGGAUUAUCUAUAGAUGUUAGAUCGGUCACAUUCAUCAUCAGUGAUUCUCCUAUUAUUUAGCGUUACAUAUUUUUGAAACCAAACUGUGUUUGCCAUAAUUUUUUGAUGUCAGGUGGUUUCUCACGUAGGAUUUUGACGCUUCAGAAACACCCUGUAGUA